GUGAUUGUGCUGUGCUUAUUAUUAAUAUUUGAUCAGCCCCAGAAAAACUAUUAAAAAGCUAACCCAAAGCUUAUUUUUAUAAACCAAAGCCAAUAUUCAAUUAUAAUUUCCCUUUAAAAAUGUUAAGCCGUCGCGCUGCUGCAUUGAUUAGUGGAGGCUUGUUGCCUGUAAUUUCUUUUCGUGCUUCCACUACAAAGGUCAAGACAUCCCAGUCUUCGAAUUCCGUCACCAGGAGCAAAACAUGGGGAUGGGGCAGUAAUGAACUCAACAAACUCAGUUUCCUUGACAUGGCAGAGACAUACUCAAAGAAAAGGGAUGAGUUAUAUAUUCGUGAAUAUGGACACGGCACCCCAGUAUGGUCGGUUGAUGACGUGCAAAAAGUUCAGAUUAACCAUAGGAAGCCUAAGGGUCUGAGCGACCAUAUUGCAUAUUGUGCCGUACGAAUUAUGCGGUGGUCAUUUGAUACCUUCUCUAUGUAUCGUAUUGGCCGUGUGACUGAGCGUAAAGUGGUUAAUCGCUGUCUUUUCCUCGAAACUGUGGCAGGCGUGCCGGGAAUGGUGGGCGGCAUGCUGCGCCAUUUAAAGUCGUUGCGUCGCAUGGAGCGCGAUCAGGGUUGGAUCCAGACCCUUCUUGACGAAGCAGAGAACGAGCGUAUGCACUUGAUGACCUUCAUCGAGAUGCGACAACCUGGACUUUUCUUCCGUAUGUGUGUUUUGGCUGCACAAGGGAUCAUGUUCAACUUGCUAUUGGUAUUGUACAUGCUAUGUCCGCGAUUUGUGCACCGCUUUGUGGGUUAUCUUGAAGAGGAGGCUGUCAUCACCUAUACGUCAAUAUUGGAGCACUUGGACAAGGGUGAGCUUGGAGGGAUCAGCUCUCAUGUACCUCAAAUUGCCAAGGAGUACUGGAGUUUACCCAACGAUGCCUCUUUCCGAGACCUGAUUGCGGUAAUUCGCGCUGAUGAGGCAGAACAUCGGAUUGUGAACCAUACAUUUGCUGACAUGCACCUCCACCGCUUGGAGAAUUCUGCUAAUCCUUUUAAUAUACUCAAAGAAACAGGAGGUGAAAAGUCUCAGUAA